CUCUGAAGUUGAACAGUUGUCCACAUACCAUUGGUUCUCAAUUAUUCUGGAAAAUCAUUGGUCCACGCCACCUAUACUGUCCUAUUCCCCGUAUUCAAAACGCGAAAUCCUCUAGCUGAGUUUUCUGGUGCCUUAUUCACAAAUCAAUAUGUCUUCGUUGUUGUAUUUAGUGGUGAUGGCCUGCGCGUGUUUCGGCGUUAAAGCCAAUAGUGGAGACACUGUCGACGUUACCGAAAAGGUGUUCUUUGAUGUAGAGAUCGGUGGUGAGAAAGCUGGCAGGGUCGUCAUUGGAUUAUUCGGGACUACCGUUCCAAAGACUGCGAAGAAUUUUUACGACCUUGCAACGCACGAGAAAGGCUUUGGAUACAAGGGGAGCAUUUUCCACCGUGUCAUUGAAGGGUUUAUGAUUCAAGGUGGUGACUUCACAAACAGGGAUGGAACUGGAGGUAAAAGCAUCUAUGGUGAGCGUUUUCCAGAUGAGAAUUUUAAACUGUCUCAUUAUGGCUCUGGCUGGCUGAGUAUGGCUAAUGCUGGUAAAGAUACCAAUGGUUCACAGUUCUUUAUUACAACUGUAAAAACAUCCUGGCUGGAUGGCAGACAUGUUGUAUUUGGAAAAGUGCUUGAAGGCAUGGAUGUUGUCACAAAGAUAGAGAAGACGAAAACUGAUAGCCGUGAUCGACCAAUCAAGGAAGUCAAAAUUGCUGACUGCGGUUCUAUUCAUUUAGAGAAGCCUUUUCCAGUCAAAAAGGAAUAAUACUAAAGUGCUUAUUUUAUUGUUACUUGUGUUUAGAAGUUUCAAACUCUUACAGUGCACCGAGAGUACAUUUUAUAUUACCUGGUUCUUCUCAUUUCCAAUAUGUGUGAAUGUCUAAUUAAAAAUGGUGUAGUUAAUAAAAGAGCAGUAUGGAACGGAAUUUGUUAACUGGCCAUGUGACAUUCUUCAUCUUUAUCCAUGAAAAUGAACCUCAUAUUUAACUGAUUUCAAGGUAACAAACCUCUAGAGUAACCAUCACGUUGUAUCAGAAAUGAGACAACAAGUGAUUUCACAAGGGAGGUUUUGUUGCAGUGUUAGCGCAAUGCUGUCAUCCUAGGUAUUUCUUGAUAAUCUGAAUUAAACCUGCAUGACUGUUACAUGUA